UUGGCUGCUGCCCCGAGGCCGGACUCAACGGAUUCGGGCCGCGCCACCGGGCGAGCUCGCCGCCCCGGCCCCGCCGUCCGGAGCUGAGGAGCGAGCGAGGCGGCGCCGCACGAUUUGAUUGUAAAUGCAUCGCGAAGAGAGAGCCCAGAAUGAAGAAAGCAAGCAGGAGUGUUGGCUCGGUGCCUAAAGUGUCUGGGAUGAGCAAGCCGCAAGCAGCAGAAAAAGCCAAACCCGAGAGCAGCUCGUCAGCAUCUACCGGAGGCAAAGUUGUGAAGCCGGGAGCAGCAGCAGCAUUGUCGAAGACCAAGAGCAGCGAUGACCUUCUAGCUGGAAUGGCUGGAGGGGUGUCAGUAACUAAUGGUGUAAAAGGAAAGAAGAGCACCUGCCCACCUGCAGCAUCUUCAGCGUCCGCCCCUGCCAUGACCACAGUAGAGAACAAGUCCAAGAUUGGCACAGGCACAAGUUCUUCAACUAAGCGGAACACUUCCAGUAGUAAAGAAUCCAGUUCGACCAGAGAAAGAUUGCGUGAACGUACCCGACUAAACCAGAGCAAAAAACUACCUUCUGCCGGUCAGGGAACUAACGAAGUGGCAUUGACCAAGCGCUCCCGAAGUCACACAGCCACGGAAUGUGAUGUUCGUAUGAGCAAGUCCAAGUCAGACAAUCAGAUCAGUGACAAAGCUGCUUUGGAAGCCAAAGUGAAAGAUCUCCUCACACUGGCCAAAACUAAAGAUGUGGAAAUUUUGCAUUUGAGAAAUGAACUCAGAGACAUGCGUGCUCAGCUGGGCAUAAAUGAGGAUCAUUCCGAGGGCGAUGAGAAAUCGGAGAAGGAGGCCAUCAUUGCGCACCAGCCUACUGAUGUUGAGUCCACUUUACUGCAGUUACAGGAACAGAAUACGGCCAUCCGCGAAGAGCUCAAUCAGCUGAAGAAUGAAAACAGGAUGCUAAAGGACAGGCUGAAUGCCCUGGGAUUUUCCCUAGAGCAGAGGCUAGACAAUUCUGAAAAGCUGUUUGGCUACCAGUCUCUGAGCCCCGAGAUCACGCCUGGCAACCAGAGUGAUGGUGGAGGGACUCUGACUUCUUCCGUAGAAGGCUCGGCGCCUGGCUCCGUGGAGGAUCUCUUGAGUCAGGAUGAAAACACCCUCAUGGACCAUCAGCACAGUAACUCCAUGGACAAUCUGGACAGUGAAUGCAGUGAGGUCUACCAGCCCCUUACGUCGAGUGAUGACGCCCUGGACGCGCCGUCGUCCUCGGAGUCAGAAGGCAUCCCGAGCAUCGAACGCUCUCGGAAGGGGAGCAGCGGGAAUGCCAGCGAAGUGUCGGUUGCUUGCUUGACGGAACGCAUACACCAGAUGGAGGAGAACCAGCACAGUACAAGUGAGGAGCUUCAGGCAACGCUGCAGGAGCUGGCGGAUCUGCAGCAGAUUACCCAGGAACUGAAUAGUGAGAACGAAAGACUCGGGGAGGAGAAGGUUAUUCUGAUGGAGUCCUUAUGUCAGCAGAGUGAUAAGUUGGAACACUUUAGCCGACAGAUCGAGUAUUUCCGCUCCCUCCUGGAUGAGCAUCACAUUUCUUACGUCAUAGAUGAAGAUGUGAAAAGCGGGCGCUACAUGGAACUCGAGCAGCGUUACAUGGAUCUGGCUGAGAACGCCCGCUUUGAGCGAGAGCAGCUUCUCGGAGUCCAGCAGCAUUUAAGCAAUACUUUGAAGAUGGCCGAACAGGACAAUAAGGAAGCUCAGGAAAUGAUUGGGGCACUCAAAGAGCGCAAUCACCACUUGGAGCGCAUCAUCGAGUCUGAGCAGAAGGGCAAAGUGGCCUUGGCAGCCACGUUAGAGGAGUACAAGGCCACUGUAGCCAGUGACCAGAUAGAAAUGAAUCGCUUGAAGGCUCAGCUGGAGAAUGAAAAGCAGAAAGUGGCGGAGCUGUAUUCCAUCCACAACUCUGGAGACAAAUCCGAUAUCCAGGAUCUCCUGGAGAGCGUCAGGCUGGACAAAGAAAAAGCAGAGGCUUUGGCUAGUAGCCUGCAGGAGGAUCUGGCUCACACCCGGAAUGAUGCUAAUCGAUUGCAGGAUGCCAUUGCUAAGGUAGAAGAUGAAUAUCGAGCCUUCCAGGAAGAAGCUAAAAAACAAAUUGAAGACUUGAAUAUGACUUUAGAAAAAUUAAGAUCAGAACUGGAAGAAAAAGAGACAGAACGAAGUGAUAUGAAGGAAACCAUCUUUGAACUUGAAGAUGAAGUAGAACAGCAUCGAGCUGUGAAACUUCAUGACAAUCUCAUUAUUUCUGAUUUAGAGAAUACAGUUAAAAAACUCCAGGACCAAAAACAUGACAUGGAAAGAGAAAUCAAGACACUCCACAGGAGACUUCGGGAAGAAUCUGCAGAAUGGCGGCAGUUUCAAGCUGAUCUUCAGACUGCUGUGGUCAUUGCAAAUGACAUUAAAUCUGAAGCUCAAGAGGAGAUUGGGGAUCUGAAGCGCCGGUUACACGAAGCGCAAGAGAAAAAUGAGAAACUCACAAAAGAAUUGGAGGAAAUAAAGUCUCGCAAGCAAGAGGAAGAGCGAGGCCGGGUAUAUAACUACAUGAAUGCUGUUGAGAGAGAUUUGGCAGCCUUAAGGCAAGGAAUGGGACUGAGUAGAAGGUCUUCUACUUCCUCUGAGCCAACCCCUACAGUAAAAACCCUUAUCAAGUCCUUCGACAGUGCAUCUCAAGUGCCCAACCCUUCUGCAGCUGCAAUCCCGCGAACCCCUCUGAGUCCAAGUCCUAUGAAAACACCUCCUGCAGCAGCUGUCUCCCCCAUGCAGAGACAUUCCAUAAGUGGACCAAUCUCUACAUCCAAACCCCUGACAGCCUUGUCAGAUAAGAGACCAAACUAUGGGGAAAUCCCUGUUCAAGAGCAUCUAUUAAGAACAUCUUCAACGAGCCGACCUGCUUCUCUUCCAAGAGUGCCCGCCAUGGAAAGUGCCAAGUCCAUUUCAGUGUCUCGCAGAAGUAGUGAAGAGAUGAAACGAGAUAUCUCUGCACCAGAAGGAGCGUCGCCCGCCUCUCUCAUGGCUAUGGGGACCACCUCCCCACAGCUCUCGCUCUCCUCCUCUCCCACCGCCUCUGUUACCCCCACCACCCGGAGCCGCAUCAGGGAAGAAAGGAAGGAUCCUCUCUCAGCACUGGCAAGAGAAUAUGGAGGCUCAAAGAGGAAUGCCUUGCUGAAAUGGUGUCAGAAGAAGACAGAAGGUUACCAGAAUAUUGACAUUACAAACUUCAGCAGCAGCUGGAACGACGGUCUGGCCUUCUGUGCGCUCUUGCACACGUACCUUCCAGCCCACAUUCCUUACCAGGAGCUGAACAGUCAGGACAAGAGAAGGAACUUCACCCUGGCCUUCCAGGCGGCUGAGAGUGUCGGCAUCAAAUCCACACUGGACAUUAACGAGAUGGUGCGGACAGAGCGGCCCGACUGGCAGAACGUGAUGCUGUACGUGACGGCCAUCUACAAGUACUUUGAAACCUGAGCACCCGGGCAGGCCCGCCGCCGUCCCGAGAGACGCCGCCAUCCGCUACGCGCCCCGUAAAGCUUCCCGCCACUCUCGGGGCGCCCCGCAGCGUGCGUGCUUCUGCCGGAGGCCUCCGUGUGUAUGUGUGUGUGUGGCUCACGACUCAGCCCCGUCUCCUCCCGCGCGACUCAGCGGGCCGGAGGUCAAGCUGGCUCCGCACUGCACCCUGUGAUGGGCUGCUGGGGUUUCCCUUCGGGGAGAGCACGCUGAGCUGCGUUCGUGCAGCGGGGUCUCCGACCAAACCCCGACCCGUCCCCAGCUGGACCUGGGGAAGGGGCUCCAGGGUGUGGGCAGCACAGCCCCACCCUCCUGCCUGCCUGCCUGCCCGGAAGAGACACGCGAGAAGUGGGAGCCUGGCGCGGCUCUGCUUCCUGCCACCAUCGGCCAAGGCCCUCCAGGCGGGCUUGGUUUUGAGAUAUGCGUCACAACCCCUCUGCUGACGGGGCCGUCCCGGCCAGCCCGGCUUAGGUGCGCUCUGUUGGAGCCGACAGAUGGCCAGGACUCUGCUGACCAGCUCUCAGUGUCGCGGCUGACAGCAGUUCACACGGGCCUCUGCCCACAGGAGUCUCUGAGCGAUUGGAUGCUCACCUGCCUUGACUGUCCCCCGGCCUUGAAGGGGGUUUGGAUCCCCACUUUUGACUUUAGGGUUCUAGACAAAAGAAUUGAUCAAGAGUCCUCCUAGCUUGGAAAAAAAAAGUGUUUUUCUUACGAGCAAUAUCAGCAAAAAAAAAAAAAAACUCCUAUUCUUCAUUACCAAAGUUAAAUUGGUUUCAUAAGUGUAGAGAUAAAACACUAAAACACAAAGGUUUGGAUAUUCACAUGGUAAAAAAACAAGGAGUGGAAUAGGUAGUAGCAGGGAAAAAUAGACACGAAACAGUUGUUUGCUGGGAACCCAGAGUGUCAUUUAAAGCACUUAUGGGUCACUGGGAUGUAACCGUCCCGGGCGGGAAUUUAUGAAAGUGCCUUAACUCUCCGUGUUCGCGCCACCCCCAUCCGGAGGGGUUGCAGGGCUUCCAGCCUCCGUGGCCAGCACGGGAUGUCGCCUGGGCACAGCCUGGAGGGGAGCCAGGCCCCCUGCCUGUGGCCACCCCAGGCACUGAACAACAGGCCGCCACGGUGGCCUCUUCUGUGAGGUGUGGACCAAAGCCUUAUUCCAGUGAGUUCUGCCCAGCGGGCGCUCAGGCUGGGAUCCGGCCCUUCUUGGGGACAGCCCACGUCUCGUCAUGGGUUUGAACAGCGUCAAGAUGUGUUUCUUCCAGAAUACAGCCGUGUGUGGCCUCUUCAACGCAGUGCCAGGAAGCAGGAUUGCGACACACACGGGCACCCACGGAGCCAGCAAGGGUUGCAUCCAGCUCGGCCCCGGAGGCCACGUUCCACACCCGGAAUCAGACUUGUCUGUAGCCUAGACAGGGCCGUGGUUCCGAAGCAAACUGCCUGCGAGUGACCCGCAGGCCACGGCUGCCAAAUGGCCAGUUGGUGCCCCUCUGCCCUGCUCGGGUGUUCACAGCUGGCAGCCCCACUGGGGCGUUUUUUGGUAAAAGGCCAUUUUCAGCUCCCAAAGGAGGGGCUGGGACCCCCCAGAAACCCAAGCAGAUGCCUGGCCUGUCCUCCUCAGCCCCGCUGGGGGCCAGUUCAUUCCUCGUGCCCGAUCCACAGUGCUCAGUGCUGCCCGCGGAAUGACUGUUGAGUCAGAGUCACUGGCGGCGUUUGUUCGCGGAGGAGGAGAGAGCAGCGUGUUCAGGAGCGCGCGGGCACCCCUUGGGUGGGAGAGAACCGGAGUGCCCAGAGAGUAGGGGGCAGGAAUCACACACACCGGGAAGAGAGGCGGGCAGCCCCCGAACGGGGAGGCGCCGAGAACCAUCCAGGCACCGAGAAUCUCACCGCUCCCUUUACCUCCCGCCCCUGCUCGCCUCAGCUGUCUCCAGGGUACCUCCCGGGUACCUAUGUGGCCGUUGUGUGCCCGUGUUCCUGUUUAUUUAUUACGUGAGUGGGGAGCUCCUUGUCCUGCGGAGAUUUCUGGGUCUGUGGCCCACCGCAUCGUCCCUUCCCAGCCAUGUGAGCCCACCCUGGCAGCCCAGCUGUACAGGGCUCGUGGGUGUUUGGAGGGGGGCAGGGGAGGCUGCCGUGCCGAGGGGCCGCACUGCAGGGCUGCUGCCCUUCCGCCUCUCGGCCCUGACAGCGGCAGGGGCGCGCGGCCACCCAUUGCUCCGCAGAGAGGCUGCCAGCAUGAGCGCCUUUCCCGGUGGCUCUGUGGCGAGUGCUGGCAGACCCGCAGCCCUGACCGCCCCCCAUGCCGUGCCCACUCGCCGGGAUGCCUCCAGGAGCACCUUUGCCUUUUCUUCCGUCAAGCACAAGCUUUCCUGCAGAAGGGCCAGUUGCAUUUCUGUUCCUCUCAGCCACGGACUUCUGCUGACUGACUACUUUGAUUUUGUGCUAUUCAAUAUUCCUGAAUGUAUUAAAGUUCCUGAAACAUU